CUAUGCGCCGGAACCUGUAACAUAUGUAGAGUUCGUUGGUAUACCCCGUAUGGAAAUACUGCCUAGAAAUAGAUUUGAUUCGACGUCCUUAAGCCGUCGAGAUUUUGAGUUUGAUUCUUCCUUGCAACACGACGAUUCGUUACACUUAUUUCACCCUGAAGCUACAAUUACUAUACAUCAUAAAAAUAAAACUAGUACAACAACAAGGUUAAUACCGCAAGAUUACAGACUAUUUAAGGGAGUCUUGCUGGACGUUGACUCUACUGAUAGAAGAUUAAGCGAAGAUAUUGUCGGCCUUAAAAGGCUCAGUUUACAUGAAGAGCUCUCUACUUCACCAGGUGUUCUUGGCUUAAAUCAAAAACAUUUGACAUUUGAAGGCACCUUCUCUUUUAAGGGCGACCUUCACCAUAUAAAAUCCAUUGACAAUUUUCAAGUAGCUCAGUUUCGUGAUGAUCCGGAAAUACCAAAUCCGUCAUCUCGUCAUCCUAGCCAUCGUGAUGCUACCAUGGUCAUUUAUCGUGACUCUGAUAUAAAAAAAACUAAUAAGGGCAAUGAUGAUCAGAAUACCGUGAACCUUGGAAAUUUGGAGCAAAUGAUAAAAAUGAUGUGGGAACGGAAAACUGUUGAAAGCUAUAAAUCAUCAGACGCGGCUCGGAAACAAAUUCUUAGCGAUUGGGGUACUGCAUCAGCUGUUUAUGAAAGAACUUUUAAUGUCACCCUUGGUUUAAUUUAUAUUGAGAUUCAAGAUUCAACGUGUCCUCCAACACCUAAUCCGGCAUGGAAUAGACCAUGUUCGGAUUCAUAUAGUAUAAGUGAUAGAUUGAGUGAUUUUAGUAAAUGGAGAGGUGCCAAAGGUACCGGUCAGGCCUUUGUUUCAGGGGCUGGUGUAUCCACAAUUGUUAAAGACGAAUGGAAAGUAGUUGCACAUGAAGUCGGGCAUGCGGUUUCCUCUUGUGAUAUUCCAGAAGUUUGUCCUGGAAAUUCUGGUGAUUGUCCGUCAGACUCACAUAUUUCAGAUGGUACAUCAUGUGGCAAUGGUCUUCAAUGUGCUGGUGGCAUAUGUACGUCAAGGGAUUUGCAAUGUGCUACACGUGGUUCUCGUAUGGGAAUUACGAAAGCAUGUACAAUUACAUCCUUUUCAUCAUGUACUAUUAGUUGUGCUAAUCCGAAUGAUACAACUCAAUGCCUUGAAAUGAGUGGAUAUUUUGUGGAUGGUACUCCUUGUGGAUUUUGUGGAAAGUGUAGUAAAGGAACCUGUGUAAACAAUGAAGCAGCGGCUAUAGGAAGCAGUAAUUAUAAUCAUAAUAACUCAGGAUGGGUUGAUCCAACGCCGUACAAUGGUCCUCCGACUAAUAAUGAACGUUACCCUAAUCCGCGUGAUCGAGCAACAAGCCCUAAUAAUGAACGUUACCCUAAUCAGCGUGAUCGAGCAACAAGCCCUAAUAAUGAACGUUACCCUAAUCCGCGUGAUCGAGCAACAAGCCCUAAUAAUGGCCCACGCCCACCACCAGACCAUCAAGUCCAGGGAAUCCGAGAAACUACGAAGCUCCGAGGAGCCCGAGGAAUUAUACAAGUCCGAGAAGUCCGAGGAAUCAUGAUCAUUUUGUAG